AUGGCUGACAGUUAUGUUUGUUUCCUUACCCAACAUGCUGUGCCAAGAGCAAUGACUCUGCCUGAAAUACAACAAGCCACCGUGGCUGAUUCAACAUUACAGAUCCUAAGCAACCUCAUCACAACUGGUAAAUGGCAUUUAAUAGACUCUCUAGACGUACAAUCCAAUCCCAAUUUAAAGGUUUUGGACUUGAAAGCAUGUGAGAAAAUUAAAACAGAACUUACACUAAACGAGCAUGAUGGAAUUAUAUUACGAGGCUCGCGAAUUGUGCUUCCAGAAAGCCUUAGACCAAAGGCUGUUCAAAUUGCUCAUGAAGGCCACCAAGGGCUAGUAAAAACUAAACAGUUGUUGCGAGAAAAGGUUUGGUAUCCAGGUAUAGACAAGCUUGCUAAGCACACAGUGGAUACUUGUUUGUUAUGUCAGGCAAAUGGACCAAACAGUCACCAAGAACCACUGCGAAUGACGACGCUGCCUCCCCAAUCCUGGCAUACAGUGAACAUUGAUUUUUGUGGACCAUUUCUAGGUGGUUCAUAUCUGUUAGUGAUUAUUGAUGCAUAUUCACGAUUUCCGGAGGUGGAAAUUGUAAGUUCAACAUCUGCAAAAUCAACAAUAUUGAAACUUGAACGAAUUUUUGCCACACAUGGUAUUCCAAAGGUGUUAAAGAGUGAUAACGAUCCACCAUUCCAGAGCCAUGAAUUUAGUCUGUACUUGAAAGAACUCGGCAUUAAACAUAAACCAAGCUCACCAUCAUGGCCCCAAGGAAAUGGACAAGCCGAGAACUUUAUGAAACCACUUGUAAAGGCUGUGAAAUCUGCCCAUCAUGAAAACAAAGAUUGGAAACGUGAAAUGUUUAAAUUUUUGCUCAACUACAGAGCUACCCCACAUUCCACCACUGGCAAGUCACCGUCCGAGUUGCUAUACAACCGUAAGAUUAAACCAAAAUUACCUCAAGUGACAGUCGAAAAUGAUUCUUCACUUCAUCAAGAGGUGAAGGAGAGAGAUGAAAGGUUGAAAAAGAACCAAAAAGAAUAUGCUGAUUCCAAAAGAAGAGUUAAGUGUGCUGACAUCAAGAAAAGUGAUUUAGUUUUGGUGCGGCAACCGAAAUCAAAUAAAAUGUCCACAAAAUACGAUCCAAUACCAUAUGAAGUCACAAAUCGCCGUGGGAACAGGAUCACAACAAUUAGGAAUGGGAAAUAUAUAACUCGGAACAUUUCGUUCUUUAAAAAGUACCACCCCAGACAUGGCAGAUCGUUGGAGUCAACAGAGAUAAUGGAUGAAGAAAAUUAUCCUCAGAUGAAGAUGUCCACGAAGAGCAUGAACAGUAUGAUGGACUGA